AUGAUAGAAUUUGGGGUUGAUGAUAUUCAAGCUGCGUUACAGUGUAUUUCCUCCAAUAUAGGCCCCGAUAAGAAGAAAGAAGCAAUCCGCUUUUUAGAAGAAUUCCAAAAAUCACCACAGGCAUGGAAUCUCUGUCAUCAAGUCUUAUCACAGAUCAAUUUCCCAAAUUUAGAACUGCAGUUUUUCGCAGCGCAAACUCUAAGGAACAAGGUUACUUAUGAUUUAUUACAGUUGGAAGGUUCAUUAGCGCAAUUGAAGACAUCAAUUUUAAACCUCCUAGUUUUACAUAGCCAGAGAUUGGUCAUUACACAGUUGAGCAUAGCACUAGCACGACUGUCAAUUCAAUAUCUGGAAUGGAAAAAUCCGAUUUUCGAAAUAAUCCAAUUUUUAAAUCCACAUCCUGUAAAACUGCUAGAUUUCCUAAAGAUUUUACCAGAAGAGACAUUAACCAUGGGGAGCACACCAUUAACAGAUGAUGAAUUUAACUCACGGACUCACGAAUUGAUAGAUAUGAUUGCAGAGGACGUUUUAAAAUUUUUAAUCACUUGUGUGGAUGGAUUGAAAAAUCCACAAAAUACAGAAACUGGAGUAACAUUAGAACAAAUUAUUCGUUGUCUGACGUCUUGGUCAUUUGAAUUCCCUAUUGACCAACUGCUUUCGAUGCAGCCACUCAUAUCUUUAGUUUUUGAAGCGUUGUCUCAAGGUGCAACUGAUCCAGAUGUGUUUGAUGCAGCUGUGGAAUGUCUAUGUGUCAUAUUGAGGGAAAGUAGAGAUACUUUUAACGAACAACUAGUCUUAGCACUUUACGAACAACUUAUGGCCAUACAAUUAAACCUUCUACCGAAUUUACUCAACCCACAGGUUGGUACGGUAGAUGAUGAAGAUGAAUUAGAUAACAUGGAAGGAAUCACUAGAUUAUUCGUAGAAGCAGGUGAAGCAUGGUGUGUGUUUAUUUCCAAGUCUCCUCAAAUCUAUAAACCAAUGGUAAAUGUUCUGCUGAUGCUUACUUGUAAGAAUGCUGACUUAGACGUCGUAUCGUACACGUUCCCUUUCUGGUUUAAUCUAAAGCAGAACUUAGUUUUGCCCAGGUACCACAAGUCGAGAGAGGAAUACAUUCCACUAUUUGUCGAUUUAAUCAAUGGUAUAAUAAGUCAUUUACAUUAUCCACAGGAUUCAUUUGAAUCUAAAGAGAUGGAGGACAAAUUCAAAGAAUUUAGAUACCACAUGGGUGAUGUACUCAAGGACUGCGCUGCUGUUGUGGGGACUUCAAAUGCUCUAGCGCAACCUCUCAACAGAAUGAACGAUGCUAUUAAUGGCAACAAAGGUUGGCAACUAUUAGAAGCACCAUUAUUCUCCCUAAGGACUAUGGCUCAAGAAAUCUCGCAUACAGAAAACAAACAAUUGCCACAGAUUCUACAAAUUAUUUGUAAUUUACCAGAGCACCCCAAAAUCAGAUAUGCUGCUACCUUAGUCUUGGGAAGAUAUACAGAAUGGACCGCUAAACAUCCAGAAAAUUUGAGCAUGCAGUUGCAAUACAUCUUUGACGGAUUUAACCACGGUGCAAGCGAUCCAAGAAUCAUGACUGCAUCUUCCCAUGCCCUAAUGUAUUUUUGCUCAGAUUGUUCAGAGCUUUUGAGCAGUCAUUUGGACCAACUGUUCAAUUUUUAUUUCAACGUUGAAGACGUGGUCGAUAUCGAAUCACAAUUUGAAUUAUGCCAAGGGCUGAGUGCAGUAUUGGACAAACAACCUCCUGAGACCGUCUCACUACAAUUCCAGAAAUUGCUGGAGGAUAAUUUUGCUAAACUGAUGGAGAUUGUCCCCAAAUACAAAGUAGAUCCCGCCGCUUAUAGUAAUGCUAUAGCUGAUAAGAUCGACCUUGUUUACGCCAUGUUCGAAGAAUUGAAACCACGCUAUGAGUAUCAUCAACAAGGACAAGAACCCCUAGUACCACAGAUUGAGUCCAUUUGGAAUUUCCUUCAAAAUCUAUUGCUAGGUAUUGAUGCCCUUGCAGAUGGUGUUAUAAUUGAAAGGGCAACUAAACUUUUUAGAAGAAUUUUCGAAAAAUUCCAUCUUUUCUGCGAGUCAAUCUUAUCGUCUGUGGCAGAAUUUCUUGUACAGGGUUACAUGACGACAGGAUUAGGUUCUUAUUUGUGGUGCUCCGGGUCCAUCAUUGUUGUCUUCGGUGAUGAUGAGUCUCUACCAGUACCACCUCAACUUAGAGAGGCUGUUUGGCAAUUUGCACUAUCUCAGACUAACACAUUCAUCACAAAUUUUGCCAAGAUGGAUAAAGGUCUACUAAACGACGAAUACGAAUCGAUCAUGGAUUUUUUCUCUAUGAUAUCAGACCUUUUAAUGUUUUACCCUCGAGAGUUUAUCCUAUCAGAAUCACUACUGGUUAGUGUUGUGGAAGUGGCAUUGGCUAGUGUUAUAAAACUGAAGAACUACGAUGCUUACAUUUUAAUAUUACGUUGUUUAGACGAUAUUGUAUCGUGGGGAUUCAAGACUCCUCCAAUUUCGACCAUAGCGAUAGACGUGGUACCAGAUGAAUGGAGACAGAAUAUUUUAGACAAGGUUAUUAUUUCCCAUGGUACUGAACUUCUCACAGCACUUUUUGCUGGGUUACUUACCAAUUUCCACGCUAACGCACACGCUGAUGCGGUUAGUUGUAUUGUAAAGUGUUUCAGAUUGGCAGCAGAAGCUAAUAGCGAUGAUUCAAGCGUAUGUGUUCAAUGGAUUUACGAAGUGACUGCUCAAUUAGGAUUGGUGACGCCCAAGGAAAAGGAUAAUUUGAGUCAAGCUGUGGUUAAUGGUCUCAGACAGAGGGACUACCGUAAAGUCCGAGAAGGUAUAAAAGCAUUUGUUGAUUGGUACAUGAAAAAGAACCUACACCCAAGAUUUUCUUGA